AUGCCAGCAAGCAGGCAAUUUUCUCGGAUAGACACUUUAGAACUGAAAGCUCAGAUUGAGAAGAAGGUUGGGAGCCAAAAAGCGGGAAAGUACUUUAAUCUUGUUACAAGAUAUUUGAGUCUCAAGAUUAGCAAACCCGACUUUGAUAGACUCUGCAUUGCAACAAUUGGGAAAGAAAAUGUCUGUCUUCAUAAUCAUUUCAUCCGUUCAAUACUCAAAAAUGCAUGCCUUUCAAGGACUCCCCCACCAAGAAAGAGCAACAUUGCAAGUUCUCUGAGUGUUAAAGUGCCAAAUGGAUGUCAAAGAAGUAGUCUUCAACUGUUAUGCAGAGAUUUUCCCCAAUCGCCUCGAAAAGGGAGAACUCCAAAUCUUCGCGAUCGCAGGUUAAGAGAUGGUUUGGCCCCUUUUAGGCCUCAGGGUAAGAACCAUAGUAGUGCAUGUGAGGGUCCUAUCUCCAAAAUUCAAGAACGAGAAAAGGCAACUGAGCUGCUUUCUUUAGGAAGCAGACCACCUGUCUCUGUCGAAGAUGGGGAAGAGGUUGAUCAGGCUGCUGAAAGCCCAAGCAUUCACAGCAUGAGCCCUCUCACAGCUCCUCUUGGCAUCUCAAUAAAUUCUGGAAGGACGAAAAAGCUGUUAAUUAAAGGAUCAGGACCUGCUAUUUACAAUGACACUUGUCAGAGCAGUGGUGAGCUACCUGAUACUAGUUCUUUAAGGAAGAGGUUGGAGCAAAAGUUGGUGAUGGAGGGAAUGGGAAUCUCAGAGGAUUGUGCCAACUUGUUGAAUAAUGGCCUUGAGAUUUUCCUAAAGAGAUUAAUAAAGCCCUGUUUGGAUUUAGCUGGUUCAAGGUCUCUGGAUAAACACAUAGAUCAUGGACAUAGUCAAGCAAGUUCAAAUGGGAUGCGUCCAGUGAGAUACAUACAGAGACCAACCAGGCCCAGUUUGGCAUCUAUAUUAGACUUUCAGGUCGCAAUGGAUUUGAACCCUCUAUUACUUGGAGAAGAUUGGCCAACCAAACUUGAAAAGGUUUGCUUGCAUGCAUCAUAA